AUGUCUCAUAAUAUUCUCAUCACCGGUGCAUCGGGCUACCUAGGUGGUACCCUACUCACGCGCUGGAAAGAGGCCAAUCUUCCACCUUACAAUAAACUUUAUGCCCUAGUCCGCACGGAGGAGCAAGCCAAUGCAGUUCAAACCCUCUACAACGCCGAGCCCGUGCAGAUAGAUCUGAGGAGCGACGUCGAUAUUGAGCAAGCCAUCAUCAGCCGCGAUAUAUCCAUCAUAUACUACCUCAUCGAUCCAUUGGAAGAUCGUAUUCCAAGGGUCAUGGUUCGUGCGCUGGGUACGGUCAAGCAGAGGUCAGGAAGGGGGGAUGUUCAUUUCCUGUUUGCGACUGGAGCGAAGAUUUUUAGUAGUCAUACUGGUUUACCGGCUGAUCGAGUACUGUUGGAUACUGAUGAGGAGCUUUAUGACUUGCUGAAAGAUGCGGAUGGACCGCAGCCUCUUCUCGUGCAGGCAGGUAAAAGAAACGUGCAAGUCAUCGACGAUGGUGCCUCGUUCGGCGUAAGAAGCUACAUCUUCGCCCCUUGCAUUGUCUACGGCAAGGGCCAAGGGUUCGGAAAUCCCAUCUCCAUCCAGACAGUAGCUGUUAUACGAGCUGCAAAAAAGAUGCGGAAGAUAUAUACUGUGGACGACAGUUCAGCUGUACGAUUCAUCCCCCACAAGACCUACUGUUCCCUUUUUCCAGGAAUCAUUUCCCCCACCCCCCCACAUCCUCCUUUACGAUAUGUUACAAGUCCGACUGACUUGAAGAUACGUAUAGAGAUGGCCGCAUCCUCAGGACUCGUGAAAUGGCACGAUCUCUAUCGCGCGUUUUCUAAAAGAUUGCUUGAACGCGGCGUUAUUGAUGAUGAUACCAUCACGCCGGCGGACGACGCCGCAUUGGAGGAGAUUGCGACGGUGUUGAGGCGUAGGAAGUCGUUCGUGCCUGCGGAGAUUGGUGGGCGCUGCACAUUCACGGCUGCUCGGGGUCAUGCUAUUGGAUGGAAGGCAGAGCAUCCGCCUGAGCAUAUCUUUGAGACUGCUGGGGAAGAGGUUGAUUUGGUUCUUCAGCACUCAUAG